UCUCUUCACCGUAACAAUAUCAAACGCAUAUAUAGGCACAUCACCGAACCCCACACGGUGAAAAUAAACAUCCGGAGCCGACCGCUGCGGCCUCCCGUGCUGGAGAUGUGUGCAGUCUCUGGAUGCUAACCUCCAUAAUUUAAUUUUGCCUCCUUGUUCCAUCGCCCGCAGUGGUGGCACGCGCCAUACUUCUCAGGGACAUAGAAGCAGAAGCAGAAGAAGAGUAACGCCGCCGGAGAACGACGUCCACAAUAACUCCUGCUUCAGUCAUGAUCACCAGGAACGGCGCCAGGGGUUUGGCCCUCAGUUUCACGGUGGUGAUGGUCCUGGCCCUGUCGAUGCAGAUGCUCUUCAUGUACAGUUCGGCGAUUCUGUGCGACGCAAGCACACGGCCGUCUGUCUGGAUCUCCUGGGGCGUCGGCUCUUUUCUGAUGGCGGCUAACAUCGGGUUCAUCAUCAUUUGGAUGGUCGCCGCAGCCAGGGACAACGUGCGACGGAUGCGCAUAGGCCUCACGGGCGUUUCGGUGCGGCUCGUGGGCACUGCCAUCUACAUCAUCAUCAGCCGAGUCGAGGCCGGGCUAUCGAAGCAGACCGCUUCCGAAAGGGUCGCCGCAGUUAUGCACAUGGGAGAGUCUCUGUUGGGCGGCGGCCUAUGGGUGAUUCCAGCUGUGCUCAUGUUUGCGAUAGAGUGUGGCUUCGUGGCCACAAUGGCCAGUUACACCGAGAGCUGCAAGGCGGCGAUCGACGCCAAGAAUGCGGAGGAGGAGGAGAAACCAAGAGAGAAGAGCGAUGCCAACUCCUCCUCCUCCGGUGCCCCCCCAGCUGACCCGAGCAACAACUGAGGACGCUGUUUACAUGCAUGUCAGAGCCGGUGCAGACGCCGCUGCUUCGACGGACAGCUGCGUCAUAUUUAUCUCGGCUGGCAGUUGCGCGAGAAAGCUUGCAGAGCACGACGGACGUGCGAGCAAUUAAAGCGUGAAUUGUUUCGACCUUGAAA